AAUCGACAACGGUCAACAAACGUUUUACGGAAUUUCACAGUGAUCGAUUGAAACACGUGGUUUGAAAUGUAGCGGAUGUCGCUCAAACUGAUAAUUGUUCGUCAGUUAAUAAUUCAGAUCGUUUCAUCCUUAAAUUAUUAAUUAAACAAUCAUUGAUAUCAUUUUAUUCGUUAAAUGAGUAAAGCAAAUGACGACGAUGAGCGUAGACGACGCUCUUUGGAGGCGGGCAGAGAGAUGUUGGAAAAAUACAAGGCAGAAAGGGCUAACAAAGCUAAAGGCUCAGGCCAUAGUCAAACGGACGAAGCAUCCGAUAUAGAAUCUUUCCAUAAUGAUAAAUCUUUAGGACACAGAGAGUCUUAUGUGCACGAGGGUGUUUCUUCAAGAGAUAUGACACAAAGUAGUGUUAGUAUGAGUGAAGGGGAAGCAGAUGGUGAUUUGGAAGGUCUCGCAGGAAGGGUAGCUCAAUUAGAAGAGUUACUACAGGGAAAAGAGGCCAUAGUUGAAGCUUUACAUGCAGAGAUAGAUCACUUAAGGGCAGAGGCUUCGUCUCCAAAUUCCUCACAGAGCAGUAUACAUGGCAGAGAUAUUAUAUCCUUGUAUCAUACAAAGUUGCAAGAAUUUGAGAAAGCAAUAAAUCAACGUGAUAACCUGAUAGAAGAACUGACAUGGUCCUUACAACAAUCAUUAUCUUCUAGAGAUACUCUUGUUAAUCAAUUGAGUUCCAUGAAUGCCAUACAGAUACCCAGCAAGAGUAAUGCUGGCACAGUAAAUGAUAUGGAUUUACAAGAAAAGAAUGAUAUCUUAGAAACAACUUUAAGUGAUCAAAGAUCGUUAAUACAAAAAUUGACCAGCCAAUUGACACAAAUUCAAGAACACGUACAAAUGCUAGAAAUGGAAAAAGAAACGCGAAAUGCUGAAAUCAGUGACUACAAAUUGCAAAUAAACAAUUUAAACGAAAAAAUUCGUAGUGGCGCAGCUGACAAAAAUUUAAACAUUGCCGAGACUUUGGAGCAGCAGAAACAGUAUGAGGCGCGCGUUGACAAAAUAAAGCAGGACAUGCAACAUAUUUUAGAAAAAUUUACGGCCGAAACUAAUAUGAAUACGACGCGUCAUCAACAGGAGUUAAAAGAGUUAUCAGCGAAAAAAGAGAUAGAAAUUAUGAAUAUUCAGGAGAAGUAUGAAGACCUGUUGAAACAGUUGAAGGAAGAAAAUAAAAUGUUGGCUGAUCGUUUAAACAAAGAGUUACCCGAUUUGGAAACUAGGCAUGCCAAAGAGCUUUCAAUUUUCCAAGCUCAAAUGAGUCACUAUAAAAAAACUGUUGAGGCUCUAAAAUUAGAAUUAGUGAAUCGUUCGGAGUCUCAGCAAACAGCUCAAGCUGAAGUAAGUCAAUACAAAUCGAAACUAAAUGAGCUAAAAGUGCAGUAUGAGAAAUCACGACGCACGCAAGAGUUGGACCAUCUAAAGGCAAAAGAAAUGCUUGCCGAACAAAUCAAAUUGCAUAAACUGCAAUUGGAAGAAAUGACUUCGAAGUAUGUUACUGUAACUGCAAUUCUAGAAUCAAAAGAAAGUAUAGAACGUUCUUUAGAACAAGCUUUAACAGACGCUGCGACGAUGAAAGUCGAGAAUGAAGGUUUGAAGUUCAAACUAGAUGACUUGUCGUCGAGAUACUCUGCGGCUCAGUCGUUGAUCGAGAACAGUCAAGUUCACGAACGAACUUUGAAUAACAAAAUUUAUGACUUGGAAAAAUCCUUGUCAAGACUGAGUGGUAUAAACGUAAGCACACUGAGCGAAUUAAACGAAACCAGUUAUCAAACUUUCGACGAAGUGGCGAUUCAAUAUCAAUUAACAAAGCAGAAACUCGAAGAGAAAGCAGAAUUGGAGAAGCUUCUAGUUAAUCGAAUAGAUGGUCUCGAAAAUGAUGUCCGCAAAACGAAAGCGGAGCUAGACGAAGCAAAUCUCACUAAAAAGUCAUACGAGAAACAGUUGAAGGAUAUGAAGAAUAUGUGUGAUAAAUACAAGUCUGAGCUCAGCCUGUUGAAAAAGAAAGAGCCGAAUGGUCAGAAUUCUUUACAAACGAUUGAGCAGAAUAGAUUAUCUGGUCAAAGUAAAAGAGAUGCUGUCAGUGAAUUAUUGUAUAAAACUGAAGAGGAUCAACAGGAGAUCGAAAAACUUAAAAUGUCACUCGAACAAAAAGUAAUGGAACUCGCAGAAUCUACGAAAAACAUAUAUGAUUUGACGGAAAAGCUUAAAAAGUCGGAGGAGGAGUGUCAAGACCUGAAAAAUGGAUUGGCCAUUGCGUGGGCUCAGUGCGCAGAGGUGGAAGAGAAGUUGAAUCAAACAUUAGCAUCAAGCGACAGCAAACUUGACGUUUCAACAUCAACGUCAAGUUAUAGUAGUAAUCUAAUGAAGCAAUUUCAUUCAAAUAAAACUAUGAAUGCUUCUAUGAACACAACGCACGAUCAAAGUACGGACACAAAUAAAGCUUUCUACGAGAAUAACGAAGAGCUUGACACUAAGAAAAUAACGCUUUUGCAAGCGAAGCUUGCAUCAGCGACAGAAGAAAAUGAGACAUUGUUACAAGAGUUAGAACGAUUGAAGGAAGAACUGGUCGAUUAUGAGGAAGUUAAAAACAAAUUAAACCGUUAUUCUAUGCUCUCGGAGGAUUUGUCUAUCGAAAAAGAACGUGCAUUGGAAGAAAAUAGAAUUUUGAAGAAGAAACUAGAAAGCAUUCAUUCGUUACAAGAAUUUGUGAAUCAAUUGAGAGCAGACAAAGAGUCGUUGCACAAAGAGAUCGAGGCAUUGAUUUGCGUUCAUAAUGAACAAAUAAAUGCGAUAAAAGCUGAAACUGCGGCAGAAAUUAAUAAAGUGCAAUCAUUAGCAUUAAGCGUAAAAGGAGGUACUACCGAGCUGCAUGAUUUGAAAGCCGAAUUGGAAACGCGCCACGCAAAAGAAAUGGAAGAAUUACGAAUGUACUUCGAGCAGAAAUGUUUGCUAAUGGAGAAGCAAUAUUCUGAAGAAAUAUUUAGCCAACAAUCUAAGAAAAUGUCUGAUAAUGACAGUGAAGUGGCAGAUUUAACAGAAGGUUUAUAUUUCGGAGGUGCUGGCGACUGUUUGAACGUUUCAAACAUUUCUGAACGUAGUUCGAGAGUUACUUCUCCAUUAGGGGAUGAACAUUUGCAGCUUAAUAGAAACAAUUUUAACAGUCUUAAUAAGUCGGAGCUUGAAUAUGAGACAACUAUUAAAGCUUUGCAACAAGAAUUGAAAAAUAGAAUAAUUGAAGUGCAGGAUAUAAAAUUGCAUUAUGAAAAAGCUUUAGAAGAUCAGAAAAAUAGGUAUGAAAGAGAUCUGUAUGAUAGCAGGGGAGAGAGGCAUGGAUUUUUACGAAAUACGGUGAAUGAGCAUUGUCAAACAGAAUGGGAUGCGGGUGCGUUGGAAAACGGUGAAUUAACGCAACUGCGAGCGGCCUACAACCAUCAAUUGGAAGAACAAAUUGCACUAGCUAAAGUGGAUAUUGUCAAUGCGCUUCAAGAACAAAUUCAGGCGCUUUUAAUGGUCGAGUCGGACGCAGAGGACAAUUGGUCGUCAGAGUUACUAGAAUUGCGUGAUAAACUUACCAACAACGCAAAACGUGAAAUGCAGUUGCUGAAAGAAACACAUACUGCAGAACUAUGUCGUUUGAAAGAGGAGCAUUCGCGUAACGUAGCCAGAAUGAUUGAUCGCCAUCAAGAGGAACUGAAUAAAAUUAGGGUAGACAGUGGUCCUAGUUAUGACGGAAAACGAGAUUCUAACAAAAUUUUGCACGUGGAUCGCAAAAUUCUUGAAGAAAGAAAUAGUUUGAGUAAAACAUGUGCCACUCUCAAGACUUUGGUUGAAGAGUUAAUAAAGUACUUCGUUAUAUGCGAAGAAGAAGUGAAUAACACUCUUACCAUUGAAGUUCUUAAAAGACAAUUAUGCGAUAGUGUUAGUAGUGAAAAGUCUGCCCAGGUUGAGGAAAUUCAAAAAUUGGAAAGUCAAGACUCUAGCACUGCGUUAAAUUCUUCGCAGAUAAGGAUUCAGAGAGUUCAUUUCGCUCCGCAAACUACCGAAAUAAUAUCUAUAAUAAACAGCGAUACCGAAAACUUGCCAACUAUAAUGAAGGAAAAUGAUGAUAUUACUGAGAAACUAAAACAAGAAUUGAACAAUUGCAUACGUCGUUUGAAGACCGAAAGCGCUGAAAUUCUCGGUACUACAUUGACCACUGAUGGUGAUCGACGUAGCGCACUUGCAAAGCAGAUUACAUGGAUAAAUAAAGUGAACGAGGAGCUUACUUUGAAGUUGCGCCAUGCAGAAUUCCUGAUCGUAGGUUACCAAGAAGAAACGGAACAACUAAAAGUUACGAUCCUUGAUCUCCAGAGAAAGUUGAUAAACCUGGAAAAUAAGAAAGAAAUCAUAACAGAAGGAUAUGGAGAGAACAACGAAGUUACCAGCGACAUUACGCUGCAAGAUUUUUCACAACUACAAGAAAAAGCGAGGCAUGUAUUAUCGAACGGAGGGGGAGACAGUACAGAACUGUUACAACUGAUAGAGGAAUUGUGCAGGCAAAGUGAGAAAUUAAUGGAAGAUGCAAGAAAAGAGAAAGAAGACCUGCAACAACAGCAGGUGCCUUUAGAACCUACUCCUCCCCCAUACAUUCACAGGGUUUGCCGCCGAAAGAUCGAGGCAGCAGACAAACAAUUAAAAGCAACACGAAGAUUCUUGGAUGAACAGGCAAGCGAGAGAGAAGUGGAACGAGAUGAAACCACGAAGCAAAUACAUAUUUUGCAAGAACAACUUAAAGAUCGUGAACGCGAAAAGGAACGGGAUCUACGCAUCACAUCCGAGACUACACUAUCACCUGAACCAACGUCAGACGUCCCUGUGCUUCAAGCAUCUGACAUCAGUAUAGCUGUGGAGGCUCUAGAGUCUCAGAUGCGAGAGAUGUCCUCCCUUAUAUCGGACACAGAGGCUAAAAAAACAGAAACUGAGAGUGAAUUGAAAGCAGCUGUCGAUAAGAUCUGGGUGCUCAGAGAAAUCAUUACUGAUUUGGAACAGCAACUACAAAUGAAAACAGAGAAAGAAGAAUCAUUGCAAAUUCAAAUAAAUCAACUAGAAACAGUGAUCGCGGUCCAAACUAAGAACCAACAUGAAUUGGUACAGGAACUGGAUUCGAUUAAAAUGGGUAGUGAAAGUAAACAUCUCAACGAACAUAUAAGUCUGUUACAGGAGGAAUUAAAAAAGCACAAGUUAAGUUCGGAACAGUUUAACGUCAAUUCUGCUGCGUUAAAGCAAAUGAAAACAGAACUUCGCGAGAUGCAAAUACAAUUGGACAAGAGGAUCAAAGAUUUAGAAUCUGCUCACAUGUGUAGCUCUAAUUUGAGUUUGAGUCAACCAAGCGAAGAUGUUUCCAUCAGAGAACAGAUAGAUGCGUCGCGUUGUCCUACUCCGGACGAUCCUACUUUACCGCCAAUGUUGCCUCUCGAUCAAUUGCUCAAACUCAAGGAGAAAAUGAUGAAACAUGCCAGGGCCGAAGAAGUUGUGUUCAAGAGAAUCAAGGAUUUAGAAAUGCAAGUGUCGUCUCUCAAGAAUCAGAACGAGGACCUACAGGCUGAACAAGAGAUCUUGCAGCAAACUGCAUCCGAACAGUUGUUCCAAAUAGAAGUAAUGCGUGGCCGAUUGGAACAACAUAAACAAAAUGCCCCGUUUGCUCAAAGACAGGCUACGUCGCGUUUAGAAUUGCAACUUCACGAAGCCACUACGAAAUUUGAAUCGUUAGAACGAACCAUUGCCGACAAAGAUUUGGAGUUGAAGGAUAUGAAGAAUCAAUUGGACAGAGUUAAUCAGCUGUUGCAAGAGAAAGAAGCAGAAAUUGCAAAUAUCGUGCAGGUGGAGGGCACUACAAUCCAAAAAUUGAAAGAGCAUUUGGAAGUUGCCGAGGAAGAAAAGAGAAUUCUACAGGCACAGGUCGGUGUCCAAGAACACGCUCAGUUAGAGUUGCCACGGUUGAUCGAUAGUAUGUUGGCAGACAAGAACGAAGAGAUAGAUCACCUGAAGGAACAUUUAUCCAAGAAAGAGAAACAACUUGAAUUAUAUUCCUCCUUAAAUUUGGACGAAACGCAAUUACGAGAGUUGGCGCGACAAGCAGACGCAAAGAAUAGUGCUCGUACGUUGAGUGAUAUUUUGUCUCUUCAUUCGGAAUGCGAAGAAACGACAGAAGCUAUUCGAGGGAUGAGCGUAAAUCAAAUACUUCCCGAUAUGUCUGCUUUCAAAGUUCCUAGUUCACUUAUGUCAUCUAAAAACGCAGACGAGUCUAUGGUGCCUUUAAUUAAUACUUCUAAUAUGGUCAUACAAGUGCCGCCUCUGGAUCUUGGAACUCAUUCUCAGAGUUCGUCAGCCACACCUAAUCAGCCAUCUGUAGGUAUAGAAUUGUUACAUAGUGGAUUUGAAUCAAAAACUUCAGGGAACAGCGUAUCGAUGGACGAGACAGAUCAUCUCUUACAAUCGAGACAAAGAAACAACAAGAUACAUGAGUCCCCAGAAAGAGAAUCCGAUGGUAGGAAUGAGAGCAAUAAUGAGAACAAAUUGUAUGUUACAUCGAUAAAGCAUACGCAGACUUCCAUUAACGAGACAAUUAAGGAAAUAGAGAACCUGGAGAAUCAAUUGCAAACUGUGCGGGAGGAGUUACAGAUGAAAUCAACGAUUCUAGAAAAACGCGAGACAGACUUGAUGGCUUUGCAAAAACAUUACGAAGAACAGCAGCUAGAAUUCAGGGAAGUGGUCGAGACACUCGCGAGAGACAAAUGCUUCUAUCAGAACCAAUACGAGUUGUCGCACGCGUCCGAAAGUAAAAUAAAGAAAGAUCUGCAGGAAAUAGAGAAUGUUCUAAAAUUGAAAAUCGAAGAGAUCGAAGAGCAUAAGAAUAAAAUGCAAGUGAAUCAGAAAAUUAUAAUGGAAUUAAAUUUGGAAAAUACAAAACUGAAGGACACGGAAGAAAAGGCACAAGAACAGGCAAGAAAAUUCAGUACUUUGUUACAGGAAAGAAUAAAGGAAUUACAAAAUCUGAGGGACGCGAUCUUUGAGAAAGAUAUCACUAUUGAAACUAUUCAAACGCGCAACAUCGAGAUAGAGAACGAGAACAAACAGCUGUACGAGUUUAAGACCAAAUAUCAAUCGUCUAAGCAGGAGAUCAUGGAGUGUCAGAACGAGAUUCAGAGACUGAGGGAAGGUCUGAAUAAUAGAGAUCAAAUCAUCAGACGAUUGGAAGAUAUGGCUAGACGUAGCAGCUUCUCAGGAACAUCUUCACCUUCAAAUGAGAAGGAUCAAGAGAUACAUCAUUUGCAGGAAUAUUUGAAGGAAAAGGAUAAAGUUAUACGUCAGAUGAGUGACGACAGCAAAAGCUUGCAUAGGGCUUUGGAGACGAUACAGAACAAAAUGAAGGAAUCUGGAAACGUGGUGGAAUUAAGAAGGAAACUGAAAGACGAACGAAAACUAAACACUGAAUUACGAGACGUGGUAGAAAAAUUGAGCCACGAAUUGUCCGACCUAAAAUUAUCUGCACAACGAUUACAGGACGAUACUGAUAUCGAGGACAUGGUACAGAGAGAACUAAAUUUGUCAGCACAUCUAGACAGGCAAAUUAUGAAUGCUAUUGAAAGCGAUGCAGAGGAUAAUGCGUGCAGAGUAGAAAAACAAACUCAGCACCAAGAUCAUCAGGAAGGAGUACAAAGAGGUAUGGAACUGAAAUUGCAAUUAAGUCAAGCCAAUAAAAUUAACGAAGAAUUAAAGAAUCUGAAAGAUGAUUUAGAGAUUGAGAGAGGAAUACUUAAAUGUCAAAUUGCGGAGUACGAAGGACGGAUCUUUCAACUUACAUCAAAUUUGGCAGAAGAGUCUAAGAAAGUGGCAAAACUCGACGAAGAACUGUCGUCUGAGAAGAACGUAAUCCGAUCGUUGAAGAUUCAAAUUGAGAAGGAGCAUAGAGCGAUGAAGUCUGGACAUAUUCAAGAUUCGGAGUUGAUCGAAUUCCUUCAACAUAAGCUAAAGACAUCUCUAGACAACGAAGCGAAACUUCGCAAUGACCUUUCGUUAUUACGUCAAGAACACAAAAGUCUGGAAAUACAGUUGAGCUUGAUGAAAGAUCACGUACAGUCUCAGAAAGCGGACGACUUGCCAAAACUGACUGACCUUUUGGAAACCGAGCGGAAGAAAUACUUGACCCUCGUAGAAAACUUUGAGAAAGCAGAGCGAAAUAAUGCGGAAUUGAGAGAUACUGUAAGGAAAUUGCAGAUGGAAAAGAAUCGUUUCGAGAAACAGUUAGAGGUGGAAGUAGACGAAAAAGAGAAACUGAUAAGUAGCCUGGCUUUGAUCGAAGGAAUCAAAGACCAUCUGCAAACUGAUCUCAGGCGUACCAAAGAGGAUUUCAAGGCUCGAGAGAAGGAGUGCGAGUGGCUACAAAAAAGGAUCAAAUCUAUGUCCGAUACAGAAAAUAGAAGACAGGAGCAAAGUACUACCGAACAUAAUGAGCUUAAGGCAUUAAGAAGGGAAAUAAAUAACGCGAGGGAAGUUAUGAUGGAUUUAGAAGCUGAUAUGAAACAAUCAAAGAGAGAAGUAACGGAAUCCCUUGAACGGGAAAUGAAACUAGCUGAAACUUUGGAGACUCUCAGAGAAAGAGAAACAGAUUUGCUUAAGAGAUUGUCCGCCUGCAAGGACGAAGAGCAGAAGUUAAGAGAUACAAUAAUCGAGUUGCAACAGGAUCUGAGAGCGACCAUUAAAAGGGAAUCAGAUCUUUCAAAAGAAUUGAAAAGCAAAUUUACAGGAGAGAAGAAUGUACCUGCCAAAUUUAUACAGAAAAUUAAGGAUCUUAGCGAUAUCAAUGAAAAGUACGCAAAUGAAAAGAGUGUGCUUCAAGAAAAGCUCAUUAAAGCACGGGAAGAGAAGGAGCAACUUAGUCAACGGGUAAAACUACUUGAAGCUCAAGUGAAGCGAAGUAGAAGCUCUCAAGACGUAAACGUAUUAAGUCCAGAUUAUGUGGACAAGUUGCACCACUUUUAUGGAAAAUAUAUGCGAGCAGAAAGUAGACGGAAAGCCUUAACGUAUCAAAAACGUUAUUUAUUAACCAUUGUAGGCGGUUACCAGCUUUCAGAAGAAAACACGUUAACGAUUCUAUCUCAGUUAACUAAAGAACAACGAUCUUAUACUAUCAUAGCUCGCAAUAAAAAAUCGCCGAAAGUACGUUUCAAGAGUGCAGCGCUGGUUUUCGUCAGUAUACACAGAAUGAAAUGGUUGAUUUUGAGGUCAUCUAUUGGCAAACGAAUAGGGGUCAAGACGUUAUUAUGGAAUGUGGAUCAGGCAUUUAUACCGGUGCAAAAAGUUACUACGAAUCAUUCGCCUCCCGUUCGAGAAAAACCGACAUCAAAUGGUGAUGGUGGCUUUGGAGAAUUUGCGCUUGAACAGUAUUAUCAACGGUUAAAAAAUAUUCAAGAGACAUUAGGUUUAGCAAUGGUGGAGUGUGCGAGUCGUCAGAUUCUUCCAGAAUAGUAUUACGAACGUCUAAGUCCUGUAAACAUUAAGAUACGAGCGUGAAAUAUGCUCAGAGACUGUGAUUGAAGUAUCAUGAUUUUAAAUGCAGCCACUAGUGCAUGGCUUGCAUGGGAUUGCUGUUCCCAUUUGUGUCGACGAAUGGAAACAAUUGUAAACGGGGCAUUUUAGUCAAAAAUGUUGUUAAAAUUUUAUUCUUUCUUUCAUGUAUUUUUCUUACAGAGUAAAUAGAAACUAUAGCAUACAGACUGCAAUUGUUAAUACGCGUCAAGCCUUCGCACGUUUAUUUUAUCAUAAUCUACCGUGUGCUAUUUACGUUAGUAUCUUUGUUUUAAAUACUGCAGAGAAGAACAAAUACAUUAGUUCUAAAUAAACGUACUCAUUUAUCACAUUUUACCAAAGUUACGAUAAACUAUAGUUUUAAUCAUA